ACACUAAAGGCCACAGACAGCGCAACCAACUACGCAGAAAAUCAAUACACCGUGAUGUAUUCGCCUUUUUAAAAUGAGAACGUGACAAAACAUUAAUUUAAUUCAUCGAAGAAACCACUUUUAUUUAAAAAAAAUAUCUGUUGAGACUUGAUGCUCAUUUUUUAUUUAUUUACAAAGUGAUGAGUAUUCUCAUAGUUACGGCGUGGUAGAACUUUCUGCGCGUAGAUUAUCAGCUUUUCCUUCAAAUUAUAAACUGUUAAAGAUUCUUGUUGAGUAAGGUCAAGGAUAUAUUCAUUAUACACCAACAUAAUUGUAAGUUAAAAUGGAAGAAAUGAAUGGGGAUCUUUAUGGGGGUGGGUUAGUUAGUCUGGGAGAUGAAGGUUCUCUGGAGUCUUCUGACAAUGGAAAGCAAGAGCAAAAUUGUAAAAUUUGCGACAAUAAGCUGUGUAGUCCUCGUGUACUGUCUUGCCUUCAUGUAUUUUGUGAAGCUUGCAUUGACAAGUUGAUGGUUAAUGAAGCUGGAGAUUCAUUAAAGUUUGAUUUGGCUGUAGAGUGCCCAAUAUGCAAACAAGAAACCAAGAUACCUGGAGGUGGGGCUGCAUCUCUCCCAUCGGAUUAUGUGCUUACCAACAUUCUGGAUGUUUCUGCCAUGGAUCAGUCUGUUGUUUGCACUUGCUGCAAGAGUAAGGAACCUGCCGUUGCCAGGUGCACUGAUUGUUCUCAUUUCCUAUGUUCCAACUGCAAUUCUGCUCACGAAUUUAUGCGUUGCUUCGAAAAUCACAGAGUAGUGCCAUUUGAUGCUCUAAGGUCUUCUAAGGAGAAGUCUGCUGUGCAUAAACCAAUUUUUUGCGCUCGACAUGCUGGAGAAAGUCUUAAGUUUUAUUGCUGUGAAUGCGAAGUCGGUGCAUGCACUGAAUGUCUCACUGUCGAUCAUAAAGUUGGCGAACAUCGCUGCGAGAGAAUUGUCGACGUCGAGCCUAAUCUUCGAGCUGAAUUGAGGAAUUUCAUUGUGGAAGCUAAUGCUCGCGCUGCAACAGCGGGUAGUGCUUCCGCAAGGCUUGAUGAUGCACUCGGAGAUUUGCAACGUCAACGAGAUGAAGCCGAAGGAGUCAUUAACGAGGCUUUUCUGGCUUAUAAAGCUGCACUUGAAAGAUGCCGUGAAAAAGCUCUUGAAGAACUCGAGCGUUUGCAUAAGGAGCGUGAGCUUAAAGUAAUGGAUCUUUUCGAUCGUGUCGAUAAAACUGUUCAGCGAAUUGACUGUGCUUGUAAAUUUGCGGCGAGACUACUGCGCCGCGGAGAUGGUACAGAAAUCGUUAUGUUGAAAAAGACCGUCGCCUCCCAGUUUGCCCGUUUGUUGGAGGGUGCACCUGAGUUUGAUGUUGAUUAUUCAUUGGAAUUCGUUACUAAGAUGGAUAAGUUUGAAUCCAUUUCUGAAGAAACUUUUGGAUCAUUCCGCACCGAAGCCACUCGAGCUGAGGAAAGAAAACGCGCCAGUGAGUCUUCUGCUAUUGUAUCAGUCACGUCAAACUCUCAUUCGCCCGCAGUGUCUGUUACUAACGCUCCCGUUUUUGAUGAUUACCCAAUGGGUGGCGUACGCCGCGUUACUGGAGUCACUGGGGUGGGAGGCAUGGUUGGUGUGCCAGUUGGCGGCGUUCCUGCUAUUGGAGUACCUGGUGCCGGAGUGGGCGUUACUAAUGCUAUUACUGGUGGCGUUAAUAUCAGUAGCGUCCAAGGAGUAGGUGGUGUUCCAGCUUUACCAUCAAUGGUUGAAUACAACUUGCAGCAAUUAGCCAGCAUUGCUGAAAAGGAAGUGCCGCCACCUCCUCAUGCAUCUCCUGCCCCAUCUUUCACGCUCGCCGAAUUGCUAGCCGGUGAUCUUAAUUCGCCUCAGGCCUACAAUAACUUGCAGGCCCUUGCUAAAUUAGGGUUGAAUACGGAAGUGAAUGGAUUUGGAGGUGUAGGUGGUGUCGGAGGAAUAGGCGGCGUGGGUCCUCGAGGUGUAUCUCCAGGUAGACCUCUACUAACUGCCGCUGAAGAGGCGGCUCUCGUGCCUCCUCCUGCACCACUAGUGCGUGCUACUAAAGCCACACCCAUGCAUAUAAGAUUCAAGUUUGGUCAACUUGGAAGUGGCAAGGGGCAGUUUAAUUCUCCUCACGGAUUCUGUCUUGGAAACGACGAAGAUAUCAUUGUGGCCGACACCAACAAUCAUCGCAUCACGGUGUUCGAUAAGUCUGGAACUUACAAGUUCAAUUUCGGCAUUGCUGGAAAGGAAGAAGGUCAACUGUGGUAUCCCAGAAAGGUGGCCGUUGUUAGGGCCACCGGAAAAUUUGUAGUCUGUGAUCGUGGCAACGAAAGAUCACGCAUGCAAAUCUUUACUAAAAACGGACAUUUCUUAAAGAAAAUUGCAGUGCGAUUCAUCGAUAUCGUUGCUGGAUUGGCCGUAACUGCUGAAGGCCUGAUUGUUGCAGUGGAUAGCGUGACACCUACUGUAUUUAUAUUGUCUGAAGAGGGUGACCUCAUGAGCUGGUUUGAUUGCAGCGAGUGUAUGAGGGAGCCAUCUGACAUUGCUAUUAGUGGCAAGGAGUUCUACGUCUGCGAUUUCAAAGGGCAUUGCGUUGUAGUGUUUGAUGAUGAAGGACGCUUCUUACGUCGUAUUGGAUGCGAGAAUGUUACUAAUUUCCCUAAUGGCAUUGACGUUUCCGAUGCUGGUGACGUCCUCAUCGGCGAUUCUCACGGCAAUAAAUUCCAUGUUGCUGUUUUCUCUCGUGACGGUGUACUUGUCACCGAAUUUGAGUGCCCAUAUGUCAAGGUGUCACGCUGCUGCGGAUUGAAAAUUACAUCUGAAGGAUAUAUUGUCACUCUGGCUAAGAAUAAUCAUCAUGUUCUAGUCCUCAACACCCUUUAUAUUGUCUGAGGAGUAACUCGAUGGCUGUAAGUCUGCAUACUACAAGAUCUCACAUUUAUUCCCUAUAUUUUAUAUUAAUUGCUGUUUUUACAAAGCUUAACAUUUUUUGCUAAACCAGUAUUUGACUACUUAUUUUGUUAUGUUGUGUUAAAUUUCAUGUUAGUCUGAUAUUUUAACACUCUAUCCAUAUGCAGUGACAUAUAGUGAUCCUAAUUUUAGUAUGCUUCGUCAUUUUUUUUUUGUUUUUAUGGCAUUCUAGAUUUAGAGACACACUAUAUCUUUAUUCACUGCUAUGGAUAGAUUUAAGUCAUUAUCAUUUCCAAAGUACUGAAUACUUGCGUAUUAUUUGGAUUUUGUUCAUCUGUCAUUAUUAUUUUAUAAUUGCAUUUAGUCUAGUAAUGGAAAUCCAAAGGUUAGUAUAUAAUUUUCAAGUUCUAUUUUUUUCGUUUUAGUCCGAUUGUAUACAAAAAUUUGUUAUAUUUGGUCAUGGAGGAUCAAAAAGUUUCGGAUUUAUUUUUUAUGUAGCAGUAUCCUGAUUAAGAAACUGGUUUGGCUCUUAAUACGGCCCUUAUAAGCUCAUAGAUAAGUCAUUGUAGACUUUAAUUAAACAUAGGUGACAAGUUUUAGAUAUAUCCGGAACUUCUUACAUUCUGCCAAGGAAAACCCAUAACCAAAUUUAACUGAAUAAUUCCCAUCGACAGGACUUAUAUUUUGUUACUAAAUUUAGCAGCUGGUAUGGUUCCUAGUUCGAGUGAAGUUUAAACAUGUCAAUUAGGGGACUGCGUGGGAGUGUCGCCUCAGAUACAAAAAUAAGUUAAUUUGUUCGAAUGUUAGCCCAAUAUACGUACGUUUUGUUUUUUAUAUUAUUGAUUUUCUUGGAUCAGUAAUUUGCUUGAGAAGAACAAAUAUGAACGCACAAUUGAGUUUAUUAUGAAAAGUAAAAUUUUUAGUCUUUCAUGACCAAAGGAGGCGACACCAUAAUAACGUGCCAUCUAGUUUAGGUUAAUCUCGUAUACAAUAUUAUAUAUUGUCCGUUAAAAUAUAUUUACCAUUUACAGAUUUCUUGUGUCUAUACAAAAUGUUUUUCGUGUACUCUUGUUUUAAGAGCCUAUUACAUGUUUAAAAGAAUUUUCAUGAGUAGGCAUUACAGUAUACAUUGUUAAGAAUUGGUUUAUUGUAAGUAAAUACCUUAAUAAUGAAACAUUGUAAUGCAUGCUGUAUAUUAGAAAACCGCUAUAAAACAACUUGCAAUAAUUUUGUACAACAUAUGUAAUUUGGAUAGUUAAAAAUUAAUGUAGAAUGUUAGUUUAUAUGGCAUUUUCUUGUAUGUAGCGAGCCUCUUAUAUAAUUCUAAUGCAAGCUUUAAUUAUUUCAUUAGAGCACUUGUGUUGAUAAAAUAGUCACCCAUAAACGAAUUUAUUUGUAGUAUUGCAUUAUGGAAAAGCAACUAAUUGUUUACUUGUUAUGUACACGAAUUUGCCACAAUAAAAUGCCCUAUAUGUUCAGUGAGAAAACAGUUCGCCAAAUUAUAUAUUUUUAUAACUAUCCAUAUUUAUAUUCAAAAUUGAGAAUUCAUAGUUUUUAGAUAGUAGGUACAAAUGCGGUUUAUUAAAGCGAUACCAUAUUUAGAUAUAAUCACAAUAUACAUCAUAUUACUAUCUCUUGUUAGGUUUCCUAAAAUUAGCAUUUAGGAAAGUGGGAUUCUUCGUCAUAUGAAAUUCCCAUUAUAUGGUAUCAAAAAUGUAAUGCAGAAGUAAUGGUCAGAUACAAUGUUACCUUUAACCGAUAUUGUCGAAUUCCAGGGAUCCAUGGUCUUCCAGAUAAUAAUUAGGCUCUUUGAACGAAUUAUAUUACACGGAAUAUUUAUAAAUACAUUAAUUGUACUAUGAAUAACUUUUAAAUAGUCAUAUUAUGCAACAUUUGUUGUUCCUAGUGAUGGUACAUACAGUAUUAAAAUACGAAGUUAAUUCAAUGUGCUACAUUAUUCAAAAUAUAAUUAAAUUGCCGGAAUUUUGAUACAUUGUCUUGUACAUGACCAUUAUUAUGUUUUACACAAAAAGCACUUCGGAAAUAGUACUUAACCAGACCACCUAAAAUUAAGUGUGAUAUUUUACCGAUAUUGUUAUGUCAGUUUUAAUGCUCUCUAAUGUUUUUGGUUUCAUUUGUUUACAAUUUAAAAUAUUUUAUCCUCAAUUUUCAAAAAAAAAACAAAAAAGCGCAUUUCAUAAAAAAAAAACACCCUCAUGUUACUAAAUUGUAAUUUAACGUUUAAAUAUUAAUUAGUUGAUAGUCAGGCACUCUCUUCAUAUUGCUGAGCCAUAUAAUUUAAACUGAAUAAUAAAAUCAUAACUGAAGAGUAACAUGUAUAAAUAUGUGUACUUAAUUAGAAAUAGGUAUUUAUUUUAUGUAUUUGUUGUGUAUUGGAACAGUUUUACAAUAUUCGAUACGCAAAAUUAGAUGUGAUAUGAGCAAUAAUAGAGAGACAUAAUGAACCAACAUUUUAAGACUUACAUGACUCAAUAUUUUGAAAGACACUAGCAAAGAUUGCGAUGUGGGGCAAUGGGGCAACGUCGGUCUUUGAAAGCCAGUGAUAAGUUGAAUUUUGACGUUUGAGUCUGAAUCCUCUAUUGAUUAGUGAGUAACUUUUGGGUUUAUUUUUCAUAUUGUUUUUAAGUUAUUUGUUUCAGGAUUUUUGUCCCAAUAGUAUUAGGGAAUUUUAUUUUCUUUAUUUUAACUAGUUUAAAAUGAGUCUACAUACCCCUCGCGGAUGAGCAGGUGUGAUUAAUACUCUGAUUUUGUCGUUUUAUUGUUUUAAUUAUAUGUUCCGGGCCUAUAUUAUAUAAAUAGUAUUUUUGGCCAGUGUGUUUAGGCCUUUAGAUUUACGAAUUUUUACUGCCAAAUUAUUUUCUUACGAUAUUUGUGCAUGCACAUAGUAAUUAUUUUAUUGUAUAAUAUUUGUAAAAAUAGUUAUUAGUUGUUGCCAAUUUUUUGUUUUAUUAAUAUUCAGGGUUUUAAUAUUAUAAUGUUCAAUUUUAAUUCGUUGUCAUUGAUCAAAAUUAUUGUGUGUUAGUGAAGUAAAAUUAACCGAAAUAGAACUUAUUAUUGCCCCAAAGGGAGCGUUUGACGCUAUUAAUAAUAUUGCUUUAGGGUUGCAUAAAAUUAUUAAAAGGUGGUGUGAUAAGUUUUGGAUAAUUUUACAAAUUAUACUAUUUUAUGUGUGAAUUCCAAUAUAAAAAAUUUAAGUCGAAUAUUGAAUUAUAAUAUUUAAAUAUUAAUUUUCCAACGAUAAACAUUGAUUUUAUUUUCAAAAGUAUUACCUUGUCAAUAUCAACACCGUUUAAACUUUAUUUUUGGGUGAUAUCGACACUUUCCUCUUUUCUUGCCAUGUAUUUUAUGUAGGGAUCAGCGUAGAAAUGUUUAGUAGGUACUAGUAUUUUUCAAUUGAUAUACACACAUACAGUAUCACAAGUUUGCCUAUAUGGUGGUGUUGUUUAGAGAUGUUUAUUAGUGGUUGGCGCGGGCCGCGGCGGUUAUUCGUCGCGUCUGCUUGGCUGUAUAAUUUGCCGUAGCGAGUAAGCACUAUGUCAUGGAUGAAUGGCAGUCAAAUGGUAUCUAUUGUCCAUUGACAUUACUUGAUAAUAAUUGUAUCAUUAGAGUACAUUACAGUAGCCUUUCUCGGGAAUCUUAAAAGUUACCUAUAUACACUUUAAAGCAAUUUUUGGUAAAGAUAUUUCUCUUGAAUCUAUAUUCCCUUAUGUAUCCAGCAAUAAAUUAAUUCAGUAGUUGUGUAGUAUCAUUUUAUGUGGCACCGAGUUUGGCAAUAUUUCUUGAUUUUCAGUGAAGCAAUUAUGUGAUUCCCCACGUGUUGUUAAUUGAAAGAACGCUUGCGAACUCGGUGCCAAGUAAUGUGAUAGAAGUAGGGUUCGCAGCGCACAAGGUGAGCUCUAAUGUUACCCUCCCUAUUGGAGGUGGGCGUAUUGCCUAUUAGUGGCACCAAACACAGCUCGAUGGUUUCGGUGGAGUGUUGUGGCGUUACAACUCACAAUUCAAUUUUGUUCAACUUUGAACCGUGGGUGGGAUUAAGAUAAUUUCUAUUAUACCUGAUUAUUUACUUUAAAAAUGAUUCCAAUAUGUACUUGAAAGACGGCAUGCUCAAACGAUAAUAUAAUUUAAUUUAAACCUUCACCCACUUACCUAACCAAUAUAAUCUCCACUGUUCUAAAACAACAUAAAUAAUAAUAAGGUUGUGAGCUCUAUUCCCGUUGGAAUUUUAAGCCACAUGUGUGCUUGUGCAAUAAAUAUCACAGUUUGGAUCUAGGCUUUUAAAUUAUUAUAGAUUAUAUACAUUGUUGAGCUGAUUAUAAAAAAUUUAAUAUAUUAUUAUACCUUUUAAUAUUGUUAAAGAAUUCUAAUUGCAUUCCACAUCUUAGAGUGAACGAAUUUGAGAUGACCGUUUUCAGUCUACAUUAUACAAAUUAUUUUUUUUUUACAAUUGUAGGAUUAUUAGCAGUUGCCAAUGUUUUCCUUUAGUCAGUAAAAGUACAAAUAUUUUAAUAUACAAUCUUGGUAUUUACGUAUUGUAGUGAUCUUAUUUUUUGAUUCUAUAACUAUAAGCAUAAUUUUUUUCUCUUAAGCGGCCAUUCAGAUAUUUCUUCAUCUCACAAAUUAUUCAGUAAACAACAAAACAUAUCAUACCUAAUCAAUUUAGUUUACAUAGAAAUUGUCUGCAACUCCCGUGAUUUAAUUCUCCACAUUGGUUUAGAUGUUGUUAAAAUGGCUAUUACUUUUGUUUUCAAGGUAGAUUUAAGUAUAUUCUAAGUUAACUGUCUUAUGUUCUUGUCAUUUUAUGUUGAAACGAGAAAUUUAUUGUAAUUGUGUGAAAGGUGCAAGUUCCAAAUGCAUAUUUUAAUUUUGAUCCAAAGAUUUCAUUUAUUCCUUAUAAUUUUUAAUUUAAUUAUUUAAUUCUCAUUUUGCGGAAAUGACAUUUUGUGGAGUAUGCAUUGGUAUUUGAUACUAGGAGUAACAUGAAUUAUUCUGUAGAGUUGGUGCAGCCGAGCAAACCUCUACUAAUAUUCUCUUAAGAAUAUAUUGCUCAAUAAUUUAAUUCUGUUAAAGUAUUUUAAACCUAGUUGUAGUCCACCGUGUGUUUAGUAUGGAUGUGGACUUCAAACGAAAUUAUAUCUAACAGACAAUACCCUCCGUAAACAUUUGAAAAUUAAAUGUUGAAGUUUUAUUAGAUGUAGUUGUUUGCCUUCACAGCGGCUUGCCGCAGAGUGCAAGCUGCAAGGGGUGCCAGCAGCAUCAACACAUGGGAAUGCCACUGGCUCUGAAACCAUUAUAAUAUACUGCUCUUUUUGCAAUAGCACAACACACAUAAAGCUUUGUCCGCAUAGGUCCAGUUUUAUUCAACAUAUCUUUCUCAUAAAAUAUGUUACAUAAAUAUAAAGGUAUGGCAGUUUAUAUAAUGUCUUCAGUAUAACCUUGUGUGAUGGUGUUGACUGUUGUUGUACUAUUUAGCCCCACAGUCAACGAAAAUUGUUAUGUAAUCCAUACAGGAGUCUCUGCUGCAUUGUGCCUAGAUCUUAGACGUUAAUGGUAUCAAGGUAGAGUUAAUCUCAAAUAUUUUGGCUCUUUGAAUAUUCCAUGAUAUUAUUUUUGUUUUUCAUGAAAAUGUAUUUACAUUAUAUACAUACAUACACCUAGAAAUAUUGUAUACAAUAUGAAUAUACAUUGCGUGGUUUGUAACUUGAUGUUUAAUUAUUUUAUUGUAAAAUUAAGAUGCCCAACUGGUUCUCUCUGUCCACUCAUAAGAAGAUGUGGAGGAAUUGAGUGUAUUUGAUUAUUAAACUUAUAUUAUAUUCAAUGUUACUGAUGAAUACAUAGUUCGAUGUUCGUGGACAGAAGUAGAAUUUAUUUGUUUAAACUGGUUGCACAUCUUACUUUGACCAAAUUUGUUUGCUGCUGAAGUGACUUGAUAAUUUGGAUUUCUGCCAUUUUGCACUCUUACUUUAAUUUUAUUUAAUGGCGAGUGCAAAUUGUCACGUGACGUUGGCGGUUUUAUUAAUAAUUAUAAGUUUAUUAACGUGAACUGUGGCCAGGAUAACAACAGCAGAGCAGUGUAAUUCAGAGCCUGCCUAAAAUAUAUUUUUGUCAUGAUUUUAUUUAGGUAUAUACAUGUUAUUAUUCACAUAUUACAGUUUUCUCAAUAUUA